GUGAUCGGCGACCGCGUACACUGUACUGUCAAAAUGAAGCGUCUUUUGUCAUUGUGUCUAUUAUCUCUGGCUGUAAUUGCUACAGCACAAGAAAAAAGUCUCGACAAAUAUCUUCACGAUGGAAACAAUCAACUCACUGCAAAAAUGUUCUAUGAAGUAGUGAAGUCCAAGCCUGAUGAAAGCGUGGUUCUGUCCGCUUACUCUGUUAUGACGCCGCUCGCACAACUCGCUCUUGCCUCAGUUGGAGAAUCACACGACGAACUGCUCGAUGCUAUCGGAAUGCCUAAUGAUAACAUAACCAAAGCUGCGUUUUCGUUUGCGAGGUCAGAAUUAAGAUCAACAAAAGGAAUUACUUUGAAUACUGCUAGUAAAAUCUAUGUGGCUGAAAACUACAAAUUAAAUGCUGAAUUUGCAUCCGUCAGCCGAGACACGUUUGGUUCAGAAGUACAAAACAUUAAUUUUAAUAUGCAACAAAAAGCCGCCGAUGAAGUCAAUACUUGGGUCGAAAAUCAAACUAAUAAACGCAUUAAAAAUUUAGUAUCACCAGAUAGCUUAGACGAUGACACUCGAGCGCUUCUAGUCAAUGCGAUUUACUUUAAGGGAACUUGGAAAAAACCUUUCGACAAAGAUGCAACUUUAAACAAAGAUUUUUAUGUCACCAAAGAAACUGUAAAACAAGUCCCAACCAUGUACAACUCAGGCCAUUACAAAUAUGCGGACAGUGAUGAACUUAAUGCUCAAAUUCUUGAAAUACCAUAUGAAGGAGACGAAUCUUCAUGUGUUUUUGUAUUACCCCGUGAAAUAGACGGUAUUAAACAAUUAGAAGAAAAACUUAAAGAUCCGACAGUACUUGAUAGGAUCACUCAGGAUAUAUAUCCACAGGAAGUAGAAAUUUUUCUUCCCAAAUUUAAAAUCGAAACUACAACCAAUUUAAAGGAAAUUCUGCAAAAGAUGAACGUCAAAAGGCUGUUUUCACCACAAGAAGCUAAAUUAGAUAAUCUCAUAGAAAACACUGGAGAUUUAUACAUAGAUAAAGCUAUUCAGAAAGCAUUUAUUGAAGUCAAUGAGGAAGGUGCAGAAGCGGCUGCAGCAAAUGGUUUCAGCGUUACCUUAGUAUCUUUAGUUGAGAUACUCCCUCGCAAACUGUUCAAGGCCGAUAGACCUUUUUACUUUGUAGUAAAAUCUGGAUCACUAGCUCUAUUUAAUGGAGUAUUCCGGAUACUUUAUCUGGCUGUCCUUACUGCGGCUCAGGAGAAAAGUCUCGACAAAUACCUACAUGAUGGCAAUAAUAAAUUCACCGCAAAAUUGUUCUACGAAAUAACGAAAUCAAACCCAGAUAAGAGUGUAGUUCUCUCCGCUUACUCUGUAAUGACUCCGCUCGCGCAGCUCGCCCUAGCCUCAGUCGGAGAAUCCCACGAUGAACUGCUCGAUGCAAUCGGAAUGCCUAAUGACAACAUAACUAAAGCUGCAUUUUCAUCUGUGAACUCUAAACUUCGGUCAACAAAAGGAGUUACGCUGAAUACUGCUAGUAAAAUCUACGUGGCUGAUAAUUAUAAAAUAAAUGCGCAAUUUGCUGCCGCCACCCGAGACACAUUUGGUUCAGAAAUCCAGAACAUUAACUUUAAACUGCAAAAAGAAGCCGCUGAUGAAAUCAAUACAUGGGUUGAAAACCAGACUAAUAAUCGCAUCAAAGAUUUAGUAUCACCAGAUAGCUUAAACGGUGAUGCUAGAGCGCUUUUAGUCAAUGCAAUUUACUUUAAGGGAACUUGGAAAAAUCCUUUCAAAAAACAUGCAACUCAAGAUCGAGACUUUUAUGUCACCAAAGAUGUUGUGAAACAAGUUCCAACCAUGCAUGGGAAAGAUAAUUACAAAUAUACGGACAGUAAAGAACUUAAUGCUCAGGUUCUUGAAAUACCUUACGAAGGAGAAGAAUCGUCGUGUGUUUUUGUGCUACCGCACGAAAUAGACGGUAUUCAAGAAUUAGAGGAGAAACUUAAAGACCCAUCAAUACUCGACAAGGUCACUGAGAACAUGGAUAAGGUUGAAAUAGAAGUUUAUCUUCCUAAGUUUAAAAUCGAGACAACAACCGAUUUGAAAAAAAUUCUACCAAAGAUGAACGUCAAAAGGCUGUUUUCACCACAAGAAGCUAAAUUAGAUAAUCUCAUAGAAAAUACUGGAGAUUUAUACAUAGAUACAGCUAUUCAGAAAGCAUUUAUUGAAGUCAAUGAGGAAGGUGCAGAAGCGGCUGCAGCAAAUGCGUUCGGCGUAAGAUAUUUAUCAGCAGCUAUCGCUCCUCUUCGAUACAAGACAUUUAAAGCAGACCAUCCAUUUGUAUUUUACUUAUACAGCGGAAACAACGUCUUGCUUAGUGGUGUUUUCAACCAAUAA